GCUGCAACCUGCAAGCAGGCCUGCAGUAGUAGAUUCAUGGCCUUUGAAUCUCAGACAACAUUCUGCUAUAACUGCUACUGCUAAGCAUCCUUCCUUCCUUCCUUCCUUCUCCAGAACAAGCAUUGCAUGCCGGCCACCUUCCUCUCGUCUUCUCCGCUGCUAGAUUUCCCUCUGAUCCUCCUGCAUAUAUACCUGCCCUACUGCAAGCUUUCGUGGCCAUUGUUGUUUGGUUGCCGCCAUUCUUGGCCAAGAAACCACCUGUGUUCAUAUCGCCAUUUCAGUCACCUUGUGUUUUCUCAUCUGUUUCGUUCUCUGAACUUGUCAUGGUCCUCCCGCUGCUUCUCCCUGCCAGCCUCGCCCUUCAAAUCGAUCACUGCCGUGCCGCGUCGUCGUCGCCGCCGCAUCCGACCUGUUCUUCCCUGCCUCCAUCACCAUCGUCUCAUCCUUGCUGCUGAAAUACUGUUCAUACAGAUCACCAACCAGGUCGGCCGGUGUUACAUCAUCAUCCAAGAAUCAUCACAAAGGCGCCGGUCGAUCGAAUCAGUGUCUGUUUGCACACUGCAGAUCGAGAUCGAGGCGGCACAAACAACUAACUGAACUAAGCAAGAGGUAGCCAUGCAAGACGGCGCGGGAGCAGAAGCAGCAGGGAGCAGCAUGCAGGCGCUGCUGGCGCUCCUCGCCGACGGCGAGGAGCAGGCGCGGCAGCUCGGGGAGAUGAUGGCCGACGACCCGUGGUCACGGGCGGAGCACUACAGGGGCGCGGCGCGGCGGCUGCAGUGCACGCUCGGGAAGGCGGCGGCCGUCGCCAGGGCCAUCGAGGCGGCCGCGCCGGGGUCGUCGCGGGGCACCGACGACCGCUCCGACUCGCCGCGGUCGGCGGACGAGAGCUCUGGCCGGACAACGACGGAGGUGCAGGAGCGCCAGAGCAUGUUCAAGAGAAGGAAAGGUCUACCAAGAUGGACCGCGAAAUUCCGCGUGCCAGAUGCAAGCUUGGAUGCCACCCCGGACGACGGCUUCAGCUGGAGAAAGUACGGCCAGAAGGACAUCCUCGGCGCCAAGUUUCCCAGGGGCUACUACCGGUGCACGUACCGCACCGCGCAGGCGUGCGGCGCCACGAAGCAGGUGCAGCGCUCCGACACCGACCUGUGCGUGUUCGACGUCACGUACCAGGGCGAGCACACCUGCCACCAGAAGCAGCGCGCCAGCGCCACCGUGGCCGCGGCGCCCGCGCACGGCGCCGGGAGCCAGUCGCCGCCGCCGCCGCCGCCGCUGGAGCAGCAGCAGCAGCAGCAGGACCCGAGCAUGAUGCAGCUGCUGAGGUUGGGCUUCAAGCGCGUCCUCAAGGUGGAGACGACGCCGGGGCUCCACGACCAUGGAAUUGGCCACCGCGACAGCGGCCCCGCCUCCGCGCCCGCCGCGCCCUUCUCCUUCCCCUCCGCGUCGCCGUUCCACCUCGCCGGCGAGGCGACCGACAACCCCGCCGCGGCCUUCUCGCCGCCGCCCGCGUCGAGCUACUUCCCUGCGCCGCACCCGGUGGCGGUCGACGGGAGCUUCUACGACUAUGAGGCUAGUCCGGUGGCGCUCAUGCGCGGGGCGGAGCCGUCGGAGCUCGGCGAGGUCGUCACCAGGGCGAUCACCACCGGCCCCGCCGCGUUCGACUACUCGUCACUCUUCCACCACCAGGCUGAGCUCGACGACCCGCACCUGCCGUUCCCGCCAUUUGGCGGCCCGCCCCACGGACCAUACCAGUAG